AGCAGGACCUGUCAUCAAUGACGUCAAUCAUCCGGCGCCGGCCAAUCAGAGGGUGGGGUAAUUGUUUAGCUCUCUGGGCUGCAGCCGUGUCCAUGAAUCUCUAUUCAGUAUCUCCCAGCGUCCUGCUGCUGCCUCUCAAGCGUAUGGGAUUCCACGUAGGCAUUAAAAAGAAAAAAAAAAAAAAAAAAGCCAAAACUUGAAAAAAAAAACUUUGCAAAAGUUUUUUUUUUUUUUCUUUUCCGCCUCCCCGCUGUCAGGUGACUGUAGCGUUAGAAGCCAUGAGUGUGGAGGCUUUGGGGAGCCCAGUGAUGGAACCAGCUGCACUCUCCAAACGGAACCCGGCGCUGAGAUUAGUUGACUUGGCAGGGGCUCAUCAUCACCAUCACCACCAUCAUCACCAUCAUCCCCCACAGAGCGUCACAGGCUUCCCGGGGUUCGCCGGUCACCCCCACUCAAUGGCUCCCUCGCACCCUGGGGAGUACGCUGCUGAAUCCCGCCUAGGGCCGAGUCCAUUUCGAGCCGAACACAUGGGGCACCAUCAUCCCUCGGCCCUCAAACUCAGCCCUGCCCAUCAUCCUCAUCCCCACCACCGACACCAACAUCAUCAUCAUCACCACCACCACCACCACCAUCCUUCUCUCCUCCUCCUCCUCCUCCUCCUCCUCCACCUUCUCAUUCUAUGGCAGGAGGCCACGCUGAGGUGGUCGGUAGUCCAACCGGAGCGUUUGGCCCAGUGCCUUCAACAGCUAUCCCUUACCCUGUCUCCCACCCCGCUCAGGCGCUUACGGCAGGUAGGGACUUCUUAAUACGCAGAGAUCUGCCAGCCCCCAUGAUGCCAGGGCUAAGCGAGCAGCCCCCUGCUCCCAAUUCUCACCACGGAAUGUUUGUCUCA